AUGUCCGAAGUCCAGGCUCAGGUGUUACCAACAGCUUUGGCCAAGAAUUCCGAUCUUGUCGUCCGAGCGCAUACCGGCACUGGCAAGACUCUUGCCUUCCUCAUACCAGCGGUGGAGAAGCUGGCCGCCGAACCUGCCGGGCAGGGUGUUGCGAUCCUGGUGGUAUCUCCCACGCGAGAGCUGGCGUUGCAGAUUGGACAAGAGGCUGAGACCCUCCUGUCGAUACACGACAUAUCGCUGAUGAGCAUGAUCGGCGGGACCAGCACAAGGCAUGACCAGGUGGCUUUGCGUCGGAUCAAGCCUCGCGUCCUAGUGUCAACACCCGGGCGCCUCCUUGAACACCUGGAAAGGACAUACCUCUUUGCCACCCUGGUCCAAAACCUGCAAACCUUGGUGCUCGAUGAGGCAGACCGGCUUUUGAGUUUGGGCUUCCUGCCAGAGGUGAAGGAGAUCGUGUCGUACCUUCCCACGCGGCGCCGCACAAUGCUCUUUUCUGCAACAAUGCCAGAAAGCGUCAUGGACGUCGUUUCAAAGGCGUGCCGCGGAAACUACCGCUACAUAGACUGCGUGGGGCAGGAGUCGGAGUCAACUGCCAGCAUGGUGGAGCAGUCCUAUGUAGUGCUGAACGGGCACCAGUGCUUGGCAGCGCUGUACAAUCUCAUCAUGAAUGAGAUGGCCUCAGAUAGGUAUGGCUACAAGAUCUUGGUCUUCUUCGCCACAGCAAGAAUGACGACUUUUAUGGCACAGUUCUUCCGUGAGCAGCUCCGAAUGGGCGUGUACGAGAUUCAUAGACGGCGUGAUGCUGACGCGCGGAUUUCGACGCAAGAGCGCUUCAAGGAAGCGCAAUCUGGCAUCCUCUUCUCCUCCGAUGUCUCCGCUCGCGGCAUGGAUUAUCCCAACGUGACUCUUGUGCUGCAGUUCGGAGCCCCGCCAACCCGCGAGAUGUACAUUCACCGAGUGGGUCGCACAGCGCGUGCGGGCAAAGCUGGCCAGGCUGUCCUCAUACUCGGAGAGCUUGAAAGGUCCUUCUUGACCGUUGUAGAGGAUUUGCCCAUCCGGCAGCAUCCUAUGGCCGAAGACUUGAAACGUGUCAACGAGCUGUUGAUCAAGGCUACGACCUCUUGGCUUGCUUCCGCCCCACUGCGUGCAGCGGCCAGCGCAGCUUUCGCCUCGCUGCUGGUCCACUACAAGGCUACCCAUCGUGUCCUGCACAUGGAGGAUGAUGCUGUCAUUCAGGCAGCAAGUGAUUUGCUGCUUGGCUGUGGGCUGGUCGAUCAGCCUGUCAUUUCACGGCGCUUGGGUGUUAUGCUGGGCCUGGAGAAGAAUCCCUUGAUCCAGUGCGCGCGACGUAUCGGAGAGCAAGAUGACGUACUGCAGGAGCAAGAACCUCCGGGAGCAGCAGGUCCAUGGCGAGGUUGA